GGGCGGGGAAGGAAGAUGGCGGCGCCCAGCAGCCGGUGAGGAGAGAGGACACGGGGUCCCCGGAGAGCGGCCGGCUCGUGCGUGAUGGCCACCUCCCCACACACUCUCUCCUCACGCCUCCUGACAGGAGGGGUAGGAGGAUGUGUCUGGUAUCUAGAAAGAAGAGCUGUGCAGGCAUCCCCUCACAAGUUUAUGCAUCUUUUUAGGAACGCCAGCAAGCAGUGGGUUACAUUUCAGCACUUCACCUUCCUCAAGCGCAUGUAUGUCACACAGCUGAACAGAAGCCUCCGCCAGCAAAUAAAGCCAAAGGCAGAGCCAGUGGCCUCUCCUUUCCUUGAGAAAUCGUCUUCGAGUCAAGCCAAAGCGGAAGUAUAUGAGAUGAAGCCUUUUGCACCCUCUACCCUAUCUUUGCCCAGAAAGCCUAAUGAAACCGAAUUAAUAGAACUAGAAUCUGCCUCAAUAAUUGAAGGCUCAGUAGAUGUGGGAAAAGAGACAAAAGAUGAAAAGCAGUGGAAAGAGAUGAAGCUGCGUGUGGACGAUUUGCCAGGAAUUUUGGCUCGACUGUCCAAAAUCAAGCUCACAGCUCUAGUUGUCAGCACCACUUCAGCGGGAUUUGCAUUGGCCCCAGGGCCCUUCGACUUGUCCUGUUUUCUGCUCACUUCUGUGGGAACAGGCCUGGCAUCCUGUGCUGCCAACUCCAUCAAUCAGUUUUUUGAGGUGCCGUUUGAUUCAAACAUGAAUAGGACAAAGAACAGACCUCUGGUUCGUGGGCAGAUCAGCCCGCUGCUCACUGUGACCUUUGCCGCUUGCUGUGCCGUCCCAGGAGUCGCCCUUCUGACCUGGGGGGUGAACCCCCUCACAGGAGCCCUGGGGCUCUUCAACAUUUUCCUGUACACCUGCUGCUACACCCCGCUGAAGAGGGUCAGCAUUGCCAACACGUGGGUCGGAGCCGUGGUGGGCGCCAUCCCCCCCGUCAUGGGCUGGACAGCAGCUACUGGCAGCCUAGAUGCUGAUGCCCAAGUGAUGUGGGUCCAGAGCCUGUGCUCCCUGGGUCUGUCCGGCAGGGCCUCCAGCUCAGGGGGAGCAAGGCAGUUACGGCCGGCGUGGGAAUGGAGCCUUUCUUCUGGGCGGAAUCCUCUACUCCUGGCAGUUCCCGCACUUCAACGCGCUGAGCUGGGGCCUCCGGGAGGACUACUCCCGCGGGGGCUACUGCAUGAUGUCGGUCACGCACCCCGCCCUGUGCCGGCGGGUCGCCCUGCGCCACUGCCUGGCGCUGCUCGCGCUGUCCGCCGCAGCCCCCGCCCUGGGGGUCACCACAUGGACCUUCCCCGUCAUCGCGCUCCCCAUCAACCUGUACAUUUCCUACCUCGGCUUCCGGUUCUACAGGGACGCGGACAGGAAGAGCUCCAGGAAGCUGUUCUUCUGCAGCCUCUGGCACCUGCCCUUGCUCCUGCUGCUCAUGCUCACCUGCAAGCAGCGGGGCGUGGACAGGGACAGCGGGGAGCCUCAGAGCUGAAAUCACACUGGCCUGUGGGAAACACAACAGGGAGCGCACACCUUUUUCCCUCUGCUGUGAGGCAAGAAUCGUUCGGGAUUCCGGAGGAGGAGAAAAGAAGUCACUGGGCUCAGUACAAGGUGCAAAGCGAUUUGGUGCUUCAUGAUCCUGCAACAAAAUUUUGAGUGAUGAUAUACAAAACCCUCCCAAAUAAGAAUUGGGCUGGCCCAGUAGGUUAAUACAAAGAAAGACUGUAUUUCCCUUCGAGGGCCUUUACAUAUCUCUUCCUGCACCUCCACCCCAUUCUGUCCUUCCUCACUUCCAUGAGCAAGUGUGCCUCUUCCGCCACCCCCACCUUCUCUGCCCAUCCACUCAGCCGCAUAGUCCCUCCAGCGACACUGACACGAGGAAGAAUCCCAAACAGUUGCCUGGGGUCCCAGACUGGACUGCCAGCCCUGCCCUCCCGACAGCAGCACCUCAGCAUUUCCAAAGCCCAGGAAUCCAAGGCCUCCUUACAGCAGGGUCGGAGCAUUUCCUUCUGGAAGGGCAGCGCUAGGCUUAACACCCGAACCCCCCGCUCGCUCCACACGUCCCUCAGCCAGUGUGCACAGCGCCCCCCUUUGCUGGGGGCCUGCUCAGGCCCAUAGGGAAGGAAUCAGAAGGAGUGAGCUGAGGACUCUGGCUUGUCCUUUUGCUCACGUUCUUGUCCCCUCAACGAGAAACAUUUCCGUCCUCCUCCUUCCGAAUUCAGAAAUUACCCCACACAUCCAUGGGAUUUGGGAGCUGAGUCGGAAUCCGGGGCGCUGCUUCCGGUUUGGGGCGCCGGGUGGGUUUCCCUGUAGCCAGGUGUGACCUCAUCACCUGUGGGCUCACAGUCCUUCCCGUGCGCCCCCUUCCCCUGUCCAGUUCCAUUUGCCUGAAGGUCUUGAAGCUUAACGGUGUUUUAAUUGCCCAGUGUCCAGGGCAAGGAUUCAUGUGGAAAGUUUAAACGGCAUUUACUUAUUUUUUUAAAUACAUUUUUAUUGAUUUCAAAGAGGAAGGGAGAGAGAGAAACAUCAAUGAUUAGAGAAUCAUUGAUCGGCUGCCUCCAACACGCCCCCCACUGGGGAUCGAAACCACACCCCAAGCGUGUGCCCUGACCAGGAAUUGAACCUCAACCUCCUGGUUCAUAAGUCGAUGCUCAACAACUGAGCCACCUCCGCAAGGCCCAGUGGCAUGGAAACAGCCGUUGCAAUAGGCCUGUUCUCCGAGAUUUCUAAAGCGGUUACACUCAGCGUCUGGCCCUGUCUCUGUGCAUCUGAAAUGUUCCCUCCUGGCCGCAGCCAGGUCACCUCCUGUGGGGGACGUGGCCCAGGGGUGACUGGGAAGAAAACCUGUUGCAGCCCUGAAAUGUGUAAAAUGCCUCGGUUCUCCUUUCUGCUGAGUAAACGAGUAUGAGAACGGGA